AUGGAUGGUGAUUUAAAGUAUACAUUAUCUAUUGUAACACUUAAUCUCAAUCGUAUUGUACCUAUAUUACAAAUUAUUCUUGGAACAUUUGGUAAUGUUAUCAAUAUUUUGAUUUUCAGUCGUCGUUCUUUACGAAAGAAUCCAUGUUCAAUCUAUUUUUUGGCUUUAUCUAUCAAUAAUAUAUUUGCUUUAUAUGUAGCAUUACUUACACGUCUUCUUUCCAGUGGUUGGCAAAUCGAUCCAUCAAAUACAAACAAUAUUCUAUGUAAAUUACGUAUUUUUUUCUCUUAUGUUUCAUUGUGUCUGACACAAUGGUUCAUAGUUCUUGCAAGUAUUGAUCGAUUUCUUUCCAGUUGCCGAACUGUUCGUUAUCGUCAAUUUAGUAAUAAAUCCAUAACACGAAAAGGAACUAUAUUUAUAAUUAUAUUCAUUGCAUCAAUCCAUUUUCAUGUUCUUAUUUGGUUCCAAUCUGCACCUAUUGGUAGAACACUAACAUGUAAUAUAUUUGAUAAAAAUUAUCAAUUAUUUUUUACAAUAUUCACACUUGUUUUCACUUCUCUUUUACCACCAUUCUUUAUGAUUAUUUUUGGUUUACAAACAAUUUUUAAUGUUCGAAAACUUCGAAGACAAGUUGCACCACAAACAAACAAUACAAGAACUGACCGUUUACGUUCAAAAGAUCGUCAAAUGAUUAGAAUGCUUUUAUUUCAAGUUCUUCUUACAAUUAUUUGUACAACUCCAUUUACCACUAUCAAUUUAUAUAGUGCAAUCGGUACUAACAUUAUAUUAAGUUCAACUGGAACAAUUAUUUAUAAUUUUUGUGCUAAUGUAUUUCGAUUAUUGAAUUAUUGUAUUCCAGUAAUAGGAUUUUAUAUUUACACAUUAGCGAGUCGAACAUUUCGUUCGGAAAUCAAACAUAUAUUAAGAGAAUUUAUAAAGCGAAUUGGUCUUGUCCAAUGUUUACCAGAAAAUGUUCAAACAUUAGUAAACGAACAAUCGGGAUCAUUAGCAUCAGGUGGAAAUACUUUUUCUAGAAGAAAAACUGGAAAUCAUCGAAGUACAAAUCAAACAAGUAAAUAUUUAUAUCAUCCUUUUUUUGAAAAAUCAGCGUGA